CACCACCAUCUCUUCUUCUCUUGUUACCGAGUACAAACUCGACGAGACGUUCCUUUCGAAUGAAGAGUAAAAACAUGUGAAUUGGAAAACGAUAAAUUUUCAACGCUCUCUAUAGACGAGUCCUACAGGAAGGGGGGGAAAAAAGGAAGAACCAUGAAAUACGUCCCUUCACCACAAGCGCUUAGGCUCCUUUCAGGUCUGGCGAGGGGUCAAACGUUCACCACCUCGACGGGUACGACCACACUCACAGGCACUACCUUUUUCAGACCUACUGCGGCGGCGACUACUUGGUUCCUCCGGACGAACCGCCACCGCCAAUUCCACUCUUCGACGCGACUCGAAAAGACCGAAACUCACGUCCUGUCGGACAUUGGAGAAGGGGUCAAGGAGGUACAAAUCAUACAGUGGUUCGUGGAGGAAGGGGCGCCCAUUGAAGAAUGGAGCCCUCUGUGCGAGGUCCAGAGUGACAAGGCGUCGGUCGAGAUCACGUCCAAGUACACGGGGGUCAUCAAGAAACUACACUUUGGCCAGGACGCCGUGGUGCAGGUGGGAGACCCUCUCUUGGACAUUGAGGUCGAGGGCGGUGACGACGCCGAACCUGUCGCUGAAGGAGAAGGAGAGAGCAUAGACCAUGAACCGCCGAAAGAUGCCGGUGAGACUACAGUAGACCCAGAACAGGCCGCAGAGGGCGGUGGUGGUGGUGCUGCCCAGGUGACACAAGAAGCAUCACGAUCAGGAGGCCAGGUAGCCGUCACAACACCCAAAACGCCUCCUGGAAAGCACGCCUCUCUUGCGACUCCGGCGGUGAGAGGGCUCUUGAAGGAACACGGUCUGGCCAUAGAAGACAUUACGGGCACUGGCAAGGACGGUAGAGUCCUCAAGGAGGACGUAUACAAGCAUCUCGAGACGUCUUCGACGUCGUCUCCUGCCUCGGCUUCGACCUCGACACCAUCCAACAAGCCAACCGUCGACGCCGUACAGACAGAGACGCCACAAAAACUCUCACCCGUACAGUCUGCCAUGUUCAAGAGUAUGACCGGUUCUCUUUCGAUACCUCAUUUCUUGUAUUCUGACACCAUUGACAUUUCAAAUCUAUCGGCCAUGCGGACCCGACUGAACUCGACACGAAAUCCUGACACUCCGAAACUUACAUAUAUGCCCUUCAUCAUCAAGGCCGUCUCGCUCGCGUUGAACCAGUACCCCUUACUCAACGCCCGUUUGGACCUCAGCAGCGAAGGUACAGGCAAGCCGCAGCUCAUCAUGAGGAAUGUACACAACAUCGGCGUGGCAAUGGACACACCGAAUGGUUUGAUUGUUCCAGUCAUCAAGAACGUGAACGCUCGAUCGAUUGCAGGCAUAGCCCAGGAAGUUCAGCGUCUCGCGGCACUCGGUCAGGCGGGGAAAUUGAGCCAGGCCGACCUCACAGGCGGCACGAUCACUGUCAGCAACAUAGGCAACAUCGGUGGGGAGACGGUAGCCCCUGUGAUUGUUGAGGGACAGUUGGCGAUUAUGGGCAUUGGCAAGAUCAAGACGAUACCUGUUUUUGCAGAGGACGGUGUUUCUGUGCGUCCUGCACAAGUCGUCAGUAUGAGUUGGAGUGCGGACCACAGGGUCAUCGACGGAGCUACCAUGGCUCGAAUGGCCACCGUGGUCCAGAGAUACCUCGAGGAGCCAGGGAGUAUGAUUGUUGACAUGAGUUAGUGACAAUCUCUGGGAUACACCCUGCUUGAGGCGGGAUAGGAGAGACACCGUGCAUUUGUCUGGUUGUCACAUACUAGGUCUUUUGAGACUCAACACUGCACUGUGGGCCAUGUCGAUGCCCCAAGCUUGAAACAUUGAAUAGUCGUCCAUCAAUGGACCCUUUCUCAGGGGCCUUACGCCUUCCGUUUAAGAUAGAAAGACGUGAAUAUGAUUGUUCUCAGGCCUAUUAUUGGGUCC